AUGACUGAUCGAAGGAUGAAUUGUUAUAUGGAAAGUCGACCGGUUAUGAAUCCGAAAGCUAUUGAAUUCAGGUCAAUUAGAAUGAGCACGAGAAAAAGGAUAAAACUUAAAAAACAAAAAGAGGCUGAAGAAGUUGAAUUGCUUCAGGAGCAACAAAUACAACAAAUACAUACACAAAAAAAAUCGAAAAUACCUCAACAACGACCACCCUCUUCCCGAACACGUAGUUCUUUAAGGCAAAGGCAAACUCCUGAAAUAAUAGAACAAAGGAUAAGAAAGUCUGGCGGACGUGUACCAUUUUCAGUAUCAGAUGAACAUGACUUAUAUGAAUUCUUACUUAAUCAAUCAAAAUAUUUACGUGGUAACAAAAUUUAUGAACAAUUUGCCAAACAAAAUCCUCGUCAUACUGCUCAAUCUUGGCGUGAUCAUGCUUUAAAAAAGUAUGUUGAUAGACCUCAUUUUAUAAAAGAAUGGGAGAAAAGAUGGUUUCCUAACAAAAAAAAAUUGGCCGAAAGGGAUUCUACCACUUGCACUACAAACAAUGAAGUGCAAGUUGUUAUAAUUAACAAGGAAAGAGAAACCUAUAAUAAAGAUUCAUCUGAUAGUCUCGAUUUGGAGGUUGAUGAUGCUGCGGCAGAAGCCCUAAUAUUGAGACAAUCUGAUGUGCGAGAAAAUGAUUGUACUGCUCAAAGUUCCGUUAUUAACAAAGAAAAAGAUGAAUGUACUCCCGAUUUGGAAUCUGAUGAUGCCGCCGCAGAAAGCCUUGAUAUUGGGUCAACCUAUGGUUCAAGAAGUUCAAGAAGGCGAUCAUACUGCUCAACUUUGGAUUAA